UCAUUUAUUGUGGGCUGAAUUGAUAAUGAUAAUGAUGGUGGGGAUGAUGAUGAUGAUGAUGAUGAUGAUAGCCAAGCAGAUGUUCAUUUCAGAUGGUGGUUAUUAUUGUUCCUAUUUAUUUCAUACGGCUGGCUAAAUAUUAGUAGAUUUUUUGAUGAAUCCGUUAUCCAUUUGAAAUUUCAUUUUUGUUUGUUUUAAUCAAGAAUCUUUGAUAAUUCGUGCAUGUUUUUUUUUGUUUGUUUAUUUUGUUUUUAUGUGAUUCAAAUUCAUUUCAUUCGACAACAACAACAACAACAAAACACUUACAGACUUUAUUCAUGUGAUUUUUUAAAUUUUAUACGUGUUUUAAAUGAUCAUCAUCAAUAAUCACAGCCAUCAUCGUCAUCAUCAAAAAAUGAAUAAUAAUGUUGCAAUCAGAUAUUGAUCAUUGCUGCUUCAUAUGUAAUAAUAUUUUCGACGUUGAAUAAUUCUUGAAACGAAAUCGAAUCAGUAACAAAAAAAAAUGGAAGCACAAUUAAUAUGGGCACCAGAUGCACAACAUGGCUACGUUCUUGGCAGAGUUAUUGAUCUUAAAGCCGGUACAAAUAAUCUGGCAACCAUACGUAUUGAAUAUAAUCAACCGAUUGGUUUCAAUGGUCAACAUGGUGCUAGUGGUGGUGGUGGCCAUCGCACAAAUAUCACCAAAGAUGAAACGAUUGAAUGUUCAAUUGAAAAUGUAUAUCCAACCGAAAUUGAUUUACAUGCCGAAUAUGAUGAUAAUUGUUCAUUAAUGUAUCUGAAUGAAGGUAAUCUACUACAUAAUGUUCGUCUUAGAUAUUUUAAGAAUAAAAUCUAUACAUAUGUGGCAAAUAUAUUGAUUGCAUUGAAUCCAUACCAUGAUCUUCGUGAACAGCUUUAUUCAUCAAAAAUAUUGAAAUCAUAUCAGGGAAAAUCAUUGGGUAAAAUGCCACCACAUGUAUUUGCUAUCGCUGAUAAAGCAUACAAUGAUAUGAAAAGAAUGUUACAUUCACAAUCAAUUAUUGUUAGUGGUGAAUCUGGUGCUGGAAAAACUGAAUCAACAAAAUAUAUUCUACGUUAUAUUUGUGAAUCAUUUGGUGGAUCACAAUCAGGUAGUGCCAUUCAAAUUGAACAAUUAAUUUUGGAAGCAAAUCCAUUACUUGAAGCAUUUGGUAAUGCAAAAACAUCACGUAAUAAUAAUAGUUCACGUUUUGGGAAAUUUAUUGAAAUUUAUAUGAAUAGAAAAUUUUCUGUUGCCGGUGGCCAUAUAUCACAUUAUUUAUUGGAAAAAAGUCGUAUUUGUGGCAUAAGUAGUCCAUUAGAACGUAAUUAUCAUAUAUUCUAUCAGCUUUGUGUUGGAUUACCUGAACAUUUAUGGAAAAAACUUUGUCUAAAACCACCGGAUAAAUUUGGCUAUCUAAACAAAGGUUGUACGCGAUAUUUUCUAACCAAGGAUGAAGAUAAACGCUUGAAUAGUGAUCGAAAAUCUCGCCAACAUUUAAAUGAAGGCCAUCUUAGUGAUUCAAUUGUGAAUGAUUUGGCUGAAUUUCAUGCCAUGGAUCGAGCUUUACAUCAUUUUGGCGUCAAAGAAGCAGACAAAAUGAUUAUCUAUGAAAUCGUUGCAGCUAUUCUACAUUUAGGCAAUAUACAAUUUGAAGAAUCACCAAAUGAUUCACAUGGUGGUUGUCGUGUUGCCGAAAAUAAUGAUAGUCAAAUGGCGCUUAAAGAUGCAGCACAAUUAUUAGGCGUCGAUUUGGAUCAGCUACAACAAUGUUUACAGACAAGAAUAAUGCAAACACAAAAAGGUGGCUACAAAGGAUCAACAUAUAUGGUACCAUUAAAAGUACAUGAAGCACAAAAUGCACGUGAUGCAUUAGCUAAAGCAAUUUAUUCCCGGUUAUUUGAUUAUAUUGUAUCACGGAUAAUUAAUCGAGCAUUGCCAACAAACGAUACAAAUGAUCCAAUGAAACUUUAUUCAAUCGGUGUAUUAGAUAUUGCUGGUUUUGAAUAUUUUCAAAAUAAUUCUUUCGAACAAUUCUGUAUCAAUUAUUGUAAUGAAAAAUUACAGAAUUUUUUCAAUGAACGCAUUCUGAAUGAUGAACAACGAUUAUAUGAACAAGAAGGUCUUGGAUUGAAACGUAUUGAUUAUGUUGAUAAUCAUGAUUGUAUCGAUUUAUUUGAAGCUAAAAGUAAUGGAAUUUUUGAUUUACUUGAUGAAGAAUCACGAUUACCUAAACCAUUGGCACAACAUUUUACUGAAAUGGUUCAUCAAACGAAUCGUUCGAAAUUUCGGCUAGAUGUACCAAGAAAAUCGAAAUUAAAAUUAUAUCGUGAAUUACGUGAUGAUGAAGGUUUUAUUAUACGUCAUUUUGCCGGUGCUGUUUGCUAUCAAACUGGACAAUUUAUUGAAAAAAAUAAUGAUUGUCUACACACUAAUCUUGCAUUUUUAAUGCUUGAAUCAAGUAAUGAAAUGUUGAAGAAUUUUUUUCAAGCUGACACUCAAAAUCAACAACAACAACAACAACAGCAACAUAAUUUCGCAUCAACUAGUUUAGCCGAUAAAUCGGUAAGAUUAAGUGCAGAAUCAGUUGGUUCAAAAUUUCGUAAACAAUUAGCCGAUCUUAUUGGUAAACUUGAAUCAACUGGUACACAUUUUAUUCGAUGUAUUAAACCGAAUCUAAAUAUGGUUGCACAAAAUUUCGACGGUGGCUGUAUUCUAUCACAGCUUAAAUGUUCCGGUAUGACAUCCGUUCUACAUCUAAUGCAAUAUGGAUUUCCAUCACGUGCCACAUAUGCUCAGAUCUAUGAUCUUUAUUCUACACGUUUACCAUCACGAUUAUCCAUGAUUGAACCACGUUUUUUUUGUCAUGCAUUAAUCAAAGCUGUUGGUCUUAACGAUUCGGAUGUUUGUUUUGGUGUGACCAAAGUAUUCUUUCGACCAGGUAGAUUUGCUGAAUUUGAUCUACUGCUCAAGAAUGAUGAUCCAAAAUCAUUGGAUCAAUUAGUGAAAAAAGUUCAACAUUGGCUUAUUGCAUCACGUUGGCGUCGUGCACAAUGGUGUACAUUGUCCGUUAUUAAAUUAAAAAAUAAAAUUCUAUAUCGUCGUCAAUGUAUAAUAACCAUACAGAAAUAUAUACGUAUGUUUCUGGCCAUAAAACGUUAUCGGCCACAUUAUGAAUGCUGUAAACAGUUACGAUUGAUUGAAAAACAUUUGAUCAAUGUUAAGCCAUUGAUUGAAAAAAUACAAAACGAUCAUGAACGGCAAACAUAUUCGAAACAAUUGAUGGUAUUAAAUAAUGAUUUUUCAGCUAUAGCUGUCAAUUCAACCAUACCGAAUAGUGUACCAAAAAUAUUGGACAAGACUAAAGUUGUCAAACAAAUCAAUGGAAUACGAACGAAAAUUGAUGAACUUGUAUUGAAUCUAGAAAAUGCAUUGAGUGAACAAGAAUUACGUUUGAAACGGCUACAAGAAACAUUGGAACAAGAACGACUUAAACAAGCUGAAGAAGAAGAACGCCAUAGGCAACAGGAAGAAUUACGUCGUAAGAAAGCAGAAUUAGAGGAACAGAAACGUCGUGAAAUGGAUGAACAACAACGUGAAUUAUUAUUAUCUAAACGACAUAAAACGGAAGCUGUCAAUCAUCAUCAUCAUCAACAACAACAACAACAAAAUGGAUCAUCACCAGAUCAACCAUCAAGUCUAAUAAUGUUGAAUGAUGAAGAAAGACAAAGACAAAUUGAUUAUUUAAAACGUUUGGAACAGGAAAGACGUGAUUAUGAAUUAGCAUUACGAUUAUCACAGGAUGGUGUUGUUGGUCAAUCACAACAACAACAACAGCAACAGCAAUCAACCAGCGUUGUUCAUGAUGAAAUUCAUUAUAAUCCAUAUGUGAAUGUUCGACAAAAUGAUUCAAUAUCAAAUAAUAAUAAUAAUAAGAAAUAUAAAUUAGAAAGUUGGAAUUAUGCAAAAUUACGCGAUACAAUCAAUACAUCGAAUGAUAUUGAAUUAUUGGAAGCAUGUCGUGAAGAAUUUCAUCGUCGUUUAAAAGUAUAUCAUCAAUGGAAAUAUCGUAUGAAUAAUAGUCGAUCAUCAACAUCGAUGACAACAAUGGCAACAAUGGCUAAUUCUAAUGAAAAAUCAAUGAAUAAUAAUCAUCAUCAUCAUAAUAAUAAUAAUACUAAUAAUCGUGCACCUGUUAGUGUAAUGAAUCCAUUCUAUUCAGAUAUGGCUGCAUAUGCACAUGAAGUACAAGCAUAUUUGAAUCCAACAGCAACAACAGUAUCAAAUAAAAUACAGCAGCAACAAAGACAACGUUAUUUUCGUUUACCAUUUGAUCGUCAUUGUGGCCAAUCAAAAGGUAUUUGGUAUGCACAUUUCGAUGGUAAAUGGAUUGCACGACAAAUGGAAAUACAUCCAGAAAAGGAACCAAUUCUAUUGGUAGCCGGCAUUGAUGAUUUAAAAAUGUGUGAACUAAGCCUAGAUGAAACAGGAUUGACCGGUAAACGUGGUGCAGAAAUUUUACCCGAAGAAUUUGAAGCUGUUUGGUGUCGUAAUGGUGGCCAACCAUAUAAUCGUCGCCAUCAUCAUCAACAUCAAAAAUAAUGAUGAUAACAGCAACGACUAUAUAUUUGAAUUUUAUUUUGGAUUGAAAAUGCAUUCUUUAUGUGAAAAAUGGACAAAAAAAAAUGAAAUAAACGAAUGAUCAUUGUUUGUUCAGUGUUUUUAUUUGUUUUUUUUUUGGUUCAAUUUUAAACUUUGAAAUUUAUUGAUUGAUUGAUUGAUUGUUUUAUAUACGAAUAAUAAAAAAAAAUUGGAUCAGGUGCAGAUCAUAUAUACGA